CUUUAAUUUUAUUUUCUUGUACAAGACAAUAGAUGGCAAAACCAACAAAUGGUUAUUUUGAGGAUGAACACUUAAUUACAUAUUGCUGCCCUGAAAUGUUUUAUGCAAAAUGACGGAGUGAAUGCUAGCCUGAGUUAAAGUUUCAAAACGUGUUAUUGAAAUGGAACCAGAUAGUACUUUCGAAGUAAGAAACAAGUUAAUGGGAAUCAUAAAAGCUAUUCGUCCCAUCGAUGUUGCUGUUGUUAUCAGCUCGCUUGUCGCUAUGUACUUGUUUCGACUGCAAGACGGUUUUCAACUCAUGCCUAUAUGGCAGCUAAAAGAACCUGAAUCUGCCGAGCAAUCUAUCAAGGUUCCACCAUUGAUAGUUGAUUUUGAUGGAAACGGUCUUAAAGAAAUCAUCAUUGUAUCUGCUAGAGGAGUAAAAAUGUUUUCAUUUCAUUCGGAAGACUUUGGUGAUGAACAUGAUGCUUCCGAAAUGAAAGAAAACAAAAAUUACUCCAGUCCUGUGCUCUUUCAUCUUCACCAAAAGGCUAUGUUUCAUUUUAAUAAAAUGAACAAGACUGAAGUGUUACAUCCUAUUGCAAUGAACUCUGGCUGUCUGUCUCAUAGAAAUAGCAUUUGCCCUCAGGUUUUGGCUAUUGUAUGGAAUGACUGGUCUGUUACAUUAUUAUCUCAUGAUUUGAAAAUAUUAUGGAAAUCCAGACCAAUGACAUUAAGCCUUCAUUCAAACUUACAAUUUACAGAGAUGGCUGUAAAAAUUUGUUCCGGUGAUGAAACCCCAUUUGAUGAUGGGCUUGUAAUAAUAAGUGGCGUCCUUCAUCUUUCUGGUCAUUCAUCCAGUGAUGUGAAAAUAAAUCAUCAUCACCCUCAAAGUACACAGGUUACAUCAAACAAAACUCCUGAGGAAAUCAGUAAUGAACAAGCUGGUGUUGAACCCGAGAACAUUAAUAAUGAUGGACUUCAUCAUGAUAUCAAUCCUAAUUUGACAAAAUACAUUGGUCAUUUUACUACUUAUGCAUUAAAUGGAAAUUCUGGAAAAGUGGUGUGGAAACACGAACCUGGAGACUUGGAAACAAGUAAAGAAUCUCAUCAGGAUCACCGAACUUCACAUUUCAAACUUCAACUGCGAAAGAAAGCUGCUCAUCGUGGCGAAGUUUACUGGACAAAAUACAGCGAUUCGUUUCUCGACCAUCUUCCUUUCUUUUGGACCCAUCCCUCUGAAACUAGUAUAACUUUGGCAGAGUUUACAACAGCCAAACCAAAGAAAAGGAAAAGGACAAAAACAGAAGUGUUUAUGAACUUUGUUGGAAAUGGUGGAACUAUUGAAAAUAAGACCGCGUCUAGUGAAUUGAAUUCGGUUGUUAUUAAGCACAGCAGAGGAAUUGAUGUCCUGAAUUUGGAAAAUGGUGAACCGUUAUCUUCGUUGCAAUUUGACUCUCAACUUAUGCUUCUUUUUGUGUACAGUUAUCGUGAUGGAAAGUACGAUGAAGCUGCUGAAGAGAUCAGUGAAUUGAUUCAUCUCUAUGACAGACAUGAACCUAAAAGUCAUUCACUGUAUUUUGAAGCGUGA